UCGUCAAAGCAAUCAGAACGCAGCUAAUAAGCUUCUGCGUUUUCUACCGCAGGUGUCCCUCUUCCCUCGAGGUGGAAUUCGGGCAGAGAACCAAGAAGAGGAGCAAGGCGAGAAGUGAAUGGAGACGAGCUCUUAGUAGGGUUCCUGCGUCUCGCUUCCCGGAAUGGGAACUAGGGUUCCGAUAUCACAUCCCUACGGGCUAAGACCCGCCAGCUCCUUCAUUGGAGGAUCAUUGCACGACCUGAACUCCGUGGAGACGCGCAACGGCGAGAUCGAGGGGAUCAGCGACGUUGAUCGCGACGCUGUCACUGAAGACAGCCUUGACAACGACGAAGAGUCCACUUCUGUGGUUCGCCCCGCCAAUUUUUUACCCUCGCUUUCUCUUUCUCAUCGGUUUGCUGUUUCUCCAUUGAUUGCUAGCGAAAACCCUAAAAAGGAUUGCAUACAUGAUUCAUAUAGGAAUUCGUUGCAACCUCUCCAUGGCGUUGGAGUUGACGAAGAACAAUCUGCUCUUGAGAGUGAUGGCAGGCCCCCCACUCCUUGUUAUAGCAUUCUGACAGUUGAUGAUGUUUUACCAAUUGAUGCUGCAAGGGCGAGAUUCUUGCACAUUAUUGUGGAUCACUUUGUGAAGGAGAAUGUGGUAGAAGUGACUGACUCUUCUGUUGCUGAAUAUGGUCAUGGGCAUGAUAAACACAAAAGAAAGCUUCACGAAGUCUGUUAUGAAGGUGACCCAAGGUUUGUAUUGCCCUUGAUGUACGUGGCAAACUUGUAUGAGACCUUGGUUAAUGAUGUGAACAUCCGCCUUUCUUCUUUGGCUGGGAUCCGUGAAAAGACAAUUGGGGUAGCACUUGAAGCAGCUGGUGGCUUGUACAGAAAACUUGCUAAAAAAUUUCCUAGAAAAGGACCUUGUAGCUUUAAGAGAAGAGAAUUGGCCACUUCUCUUGAGACAAGGACAAGGUUUCCUGAGCUAGUUGUACAGGAAGAGAGACGUGUUCGUUUUGUCGUUGUGAAUGGGUUGAUGAUAAUUGAGAAGCCAGACAGUAUGUCACCGGAAGAUGCCGAAUGGUUCAAGCGUUUGACUGGCAGGCAUGAGGUAUCUAUCUCAGCUAGAGACUACAAGUUUUACUCACCACGCCAUAAAUAUAGACGGAUUCAAUCACAAUCUAUCUCUAAUAUCAGUCUUGCGGCGUUUUCAGCUACCGACAGUUCUUGUCCGUUAACAAAUGUUGCAGGAUUCCGUCCAGUAAAUGAGGUCAGUCAUACCAAAUUCAGCUUAUUUUAUCUGAGAUCUUUUUAUUAUCUGCGUAUCUUCUGCUGA